ACCUCUUAUUGAGGGGGGGUUGCCAGCCAUCUAAGCCCCUCCCCUUUGAUUACCUCCCUUCUGUCUAUGUCUGCCUCUCUUUCCUCCUCUCUCUCUCCCUUUUGCUCUGUCUGCCUGGCUGAGUUGGUUUCAGACAGUGCAUCACACACGUGCCACUUUAUGUCUCUAGUAUCCCUCCACUCAUCUCCUCUCUCCUCCUCUCUCACCAUGGAGGCGCAUCUCUGAAGAGUGGAUUGUUCCUCCUGUUUUCUCCUCUUCUCUCCUUUGCACUUCAUUCGGUGUGUUUGGGUGUCUGCUUCUGGGUGGGAAUGCUCGUGUCUGCGACAGCGCUGUUGGGGGCUACGCUGGGUACCGUGUCUGGAGUGUUGACACUGUGUGGUCUCUCCCUGCUUUGUAAGAGCUGUAAGAAGGGGAAACUUGAGAGAGGGGACGAGACUGACCCAGAGAAAGCCAAACCCAGUAUCCUGCAUACUCUAACACAGUUCAGUGUGCAGAAGUGCACCGAACCCAUCCAGCCUCAAGCAUCUUUGAAAUUCCCUAAAAUCUACCGGCCCAAACCUUCUGUCACUUCUCAAGAGGUAAUAAACUACAAAGAACAUGGAGCUGCCAAUGACACGUCUGCUGCCAAGCUCGACACCUGUAACCAGGCAACCGAACGUGAGGAGGUCUUCUCUCUCCCACGGCAAGCCUCUGCAGAUGAAAUGUCCUGCACAUCUGAGCAAACUGGCGCCAUGAAGACUAGUAGCUCCAUCCUAUAUCCUAAACUGCACUUCUCAAUCAGCCUGCACAAAGAGAGUGGAGAACUACACAUCAGCAUUGUAGAAGCGGAUAAUAUAUCAGUGGAUGCAGGAUGUGAAGGUUAUAUAUCAGGGUGUGUGAGUGUCUCUGAGGAGCAGAAGCACGCUCAGACAGCGGUCCACAAGCUGGCAGCGCAUGUGCAGUGGGGAGAGGAGCUGGUGUUCACCCUCCCUGUAGAGGGCACAGAAGACACGGAUGGUCUAGAUGGAGAGGUGGCCCUCUCCCUUCACUGCUGUGAUCGAUUCUCCCAUAAUUCUACUCUGGGCAUGAUGCGCUUUAAGCUGGCUGAUGUAAGCAUGAUGUUGGAUGCUGACUGCUGGGUUGAUUUACAGCCACCCAAACAGGAAGUGGCAUCAUCAGCUGGAGAGCUACUAUUGUCACUCAGUUAUCUGCCAGCAGCCAAUAGACUUGGGGUGGUGGUAAUGAAGGCUAGAGGACUUCAGUCAGACAAACUGAAAGACAACAUAGAUCUUUCAGUAAAGUUGACCUUGAAACAUCAAAAUGCCAAACUGAAGAAGAAGCAGACGCGGCGAGUGAAGCACAAGAUGAAUCCAGUCUGGAAUGAGAUGAUGAUGUUGGAGCUGCCCAGUGAGCUACUGGCUAAAUCCAGCGUGGAUUUAGAGGUACUGAACCUGGCCAGUCCCGGGACCCUGCUCCCCCUGGGCCGCUGCAUGCUGGGGCUCCACACCUCCGGCACUGGCCUGCAGCACUGGAAACAGAUGCUAGAUAAUCCACGCAAGCAAAUUGCAAUGUGGCAUCCUCUAUACACCUAAGAAUACAGUUUAAAAUUCUCCAAACCACCACUCACGCGCAAUGAUUUGGUAAACACGUAGUUGAAUUUUUACAAUAGUACUCUAUUCCUGUACACAAAUAUGUAGUUCUCCAAUAUAAUAAAUAUUUAAGUAGAUAUAAUGAAUGAACCCAGCUGUUAUCGUUUCGUAAUAUGAAACUAAUUUCUCUGCAGGUAAACUACUUGUUACACAGUAGUUUAGAGUAUUUUAAUGUAAGCAGUGCUGCAUUUAACUUUGGUGUUGUUUGUUAAUGUGUUUAAAAUACUCAAUGCUGUUUUAAACUGGUCCGAGUUGGAGCCAUCCUGAACAUUAUGACUGAACAACCUAACCACUCAGGCAAAUGGCUCACACCAAGUUUGGCACAACAGCUGUCUCUCAUAAUUCAUCACAAUCACAACAAAUUUAAGGUGAAAACAAUCUUUGCCAGAUGAAGCCCUAAUAUGAUCCGCAGACAGCAUCAGAGUACAGAAAUCAGUCUAAUGUGGUCAGAACACUUAGAGAGAUAACAAAACAUUCAAACAUUUUUGUUUUCCUGCUAUGUAGGGUUAUGGAUCCUCUUAGUCCCACUGUCACAGCUGGAAUGAUGGAGCCAAGCUCACUAACUGUUGAUUGUGGCUAGUAUCUUUACAGCAGUAAUGCACUAAAUAUACAGGGUCUUAUUAGGGCAGCUUUACUCUACUCAAGAUGCACGCAUAGUAUAAAAAUGUAAAUGUAUCACUGUCUUCUAAUUAAAAAUAUGUAAAUAUAUAUAAAUAGCAGGAUAUCCAUACUAUAUAUAUAUAUAUAUAUAUAUAUAUCUCAGGCAACAGAUCCUGAUGUUGUAAAAUGUUGAAAUUUAGUCUCAUUAAAUGGAUUGUUCACCCAAAAAAUACUCACCCUCAAGUUGUUCCAAAUCUGAAUGAAUUUCUUUCUUCUGCUGAACAGAAAAGAAGAUAUUUUGAAGAAU